GCAGAGAUGAAGAGCCACAGGAGAUGUGCGCGUAGAUAGAUGCAAUAAGAAAGACAGCAAGAAGAGGAACGAAGUCACUAAUCGAAGCCUGAAGCCUCUCAAGACAACCUAUAAGCUGAGGCAAUGGCGUACGGCACCUUCGUCUUUGCGAUUCUCUCUCUGCUGGCUUCUUCCGUCGUUGCCACGGAUUACUGCGUGUACACGCUAUACGUCAAAACAGGAUUCCUACCCAAAGCCGGAACGGAUUCGCGCAUCAGCACGCGGUUUUUCGACGUCACCGGGACCUCAUCACAAAUCAGCAACAUCAGCGAAUGGGGAGGGUCACUCAUGGGCCCAAAUCACAACUACUUUGAGAGGAACAGCCUCGACGUGUUCACCGGGCUAGGCGAAUGUUUGAAAACUUCUGUUUGUGGACUCGAGAUCUCUUCCGAUGGCAGUGGUGAUCACCACGGAUGGUAUAAUGACUACGUCGAAGUGAGCGUGACCUCUUCCAAACCCGGCCUCUCGUGCAACACCCACCGCUUCACAGUCCAGAAAUGGCUCGCUACGGACGUCUACCCGUACCAGCUCUCUAUGGUCAUUGACGACUGCGACUACAGCUUGCAGCAUCAGUAGUCGUUACAAUCUUCGUGCUUGGAUCGUGACGGACAUAGAUCUGGCCUUUGAUGAUCUCGUAUAUUUUUCAUGUUUUAGUGCGUAUCGAUGGUCCCGGUGUUGAUACAUAGACGAUUCAAGGAACUAGAAAAAUAAUAAUUUAGGUGGACCGGUUAGAUCGUCGAUUUCCCCGCUGUGACGAGAAUAAGCUACACGAGCUGCAGCUGUCUUGCCGUGCCUCCAUAAUAUACAUAUAAUGUCAUCUCAUGACAAUAUUGGCUU